AAACACCGAAUUUUUUUCUUCAGAAAACAUGCCUUCCAAAACUUCUAAUUUUAUAAAAAUGUGUUGUUUUUCUCCACAGAGUCCGAGCUAAGCCCCCAAUAUCCUCAAAUCCUAGAAACGUCCCUGUCAGGUAUGAUCAGUGCAGUUUUCCCUCCUCCUCAUCCUCCUCAUCCUCCUCCUCCUCCUCCUCCUCGGCGUGCCCGACUCAGACUCAGCGCUAUAAAUUAUUAAAGCUCAGCUUUAAUUAUGACGUUUUCCCUCAUUAAAGAGCCAUAUUUAUGGCUUUAUUUGGAUAGUUUUUAUUCUUCCACAUUACCAGGAGCUUUUUGUGAACGUGCGCGUUAGUUAACAAUAAGUGAAGUUUAUGAUUAGUAAUCAAAGUCCACAGUUGUUCUCAGAGGUUGGAUUUAUAAUCGCUGCGCCGCGCCAGUGCAAACAAGGAGCCAUUAUUAUCUGAGUCCACAUCAGAGACACAGACUGAGACUGUAGCGCUGCCGUGGACCUCUGACACUGCAGAAAAACACGCUGUCUGUCCGGUAAAAUGCUCAGAAAGUCUGUGCUCGGUGUGGGACUGCGGGUUAACCGACAGCAGCGUGGCGGGAUUCAGAGCGUGACAGCCGGACUGAAGCCCGGGAGACAUGGGGACAUCCACCGCCGGGACGCAUCAAGCACCACCGCCGUGAGGGGUGACAACGUCAAACGGAAAACUAUGGAGGAUUUAGGCGGACCGAGUUUUUUAAGUACCUUAAACUGGCUUUUUGUGAAGGGGUAUUUCAAAACCACACAACAAAUGCAAAUCGAGCACAGCAAGAUCUACGGUCCUCUGUGGAAGUCAAAGUACGGCCCCAUGGUUGUGGUGAACGUGGCGAGCGCCGAGCUGAUAGAGCAGGUGCUGAGGCAGGAGGGGAGACACCCGGUCCGGUCAGACAUGCCGCACUGGAGGACUUACAGAGAGCUGAGGAACCAGGCCCACGGACCCCUGACGGA